GCUGUUCACUUCAUACUUCUAACAGAGAGUAGUGAUAGAACUAAGUAACAGAGCUCAAGACAUCCUCCGGGCUCACGAAACGCGCAAUCACGUGCACGCGUCAAUACUUUGGUUCGGAUCGUCAAUCUGUGACGUGAUGCAGGAGGGCGGAUACAACCAUCCUACUUUCCAUACUUUCUAAAAGUUGCCGCUUCAGGCAAGUACACUCAAUGCAGUGAUCGCCCCACAACCCAAGCCAUCUCUCCACAAACUACCUUCCCCAUGUCGCUCUUCAGCCUCCCAAACGAGCUCCGCCUGCAAAUCUGGUCGCUCGCCUACUUCAACGAACCACCUCGGCUUGUGACGCUGCGCACCAGAUCCCACUGUGAACGUCACACAGAGAAAGUUUUUUGCCCACGCUUUUCGCCAACCCCACACCCUACUGUACUUAACGUCUGCCGGGAGUCGCGGGCUGAGGUUCAGUUCCAAGCACUACGCGCUGAUCACUUGAUCUAUUUGCCGUCACCGCUCAAUUGGAAUCUCUCACAGUUCUUUUUCCGUCUCGAUACAGACAUCCUAUUCAUCGACAUUGAACACGGGAUCAGCAAACACUAUGAUGACUCGCCUGACUGCGGACUCUUGGCGCAUUUCCUUGAAGCAGUCGGGUGUGAUGCAACAUCUUUGAAGAAGAUUGCGAUUACGCAGAUCGUCCGCGUUGCGUUCACGGAUGGCGCUUUGUCGAACUGCCUGCGCGACUUUCCCAACAUCGAGCACAUCACCAUGGUCAUUGACCCUAAAGAUAUGCGCACCAGCCAAGAAAAGGAACGUUUCGUUUUGGCUGCACGACGCAUCGUCACGCAGUACAGGCUUGAUAUGCGUAUCAGAGCCAAAGCGAGGGGAGAGGUGUAUGUGCACGGCGAACGCAACCUCGAUCUCGACUUCGCCACGCGGAAGGGCACUGGCCUUGAAUUGCUGGAGAAGAGUGUUUGGGAGGUAUGGGGUGAGUUGGAGAGGGGGUGGUGGAAGGAGGACGUGCCGCAGAGGUAUAUUGACUUCUACUUCUGACCACGCAAAUUUUGUAUUACAUCACAGUCUAUGAACGCCACAUUGGUGUUGAAGAUUCGAGGCUACGGCACCUCGAGGUAUAUCCUAUCUCUGGAGAAGUGUUAGUGACCGGACUAAUCUGUAGACAGAUGAAUAAAUCCUACCCUUCUUUCGGUCCUUCCAGGAAGUCAUCUGGAGUCUCAGUCGGCAGCUGGUGCUUCUCAGCCCAGUCGCGGACGACCUCGAAGUUCCGGCACGUGUGUACGGUGUUGAAGUCUACGAACGGCUCGAUGUCUGAGUUGGGUGGCUGGUACCAGACUUGACCCAACACACCGAUAUCGAUGUUGCACAUCAAUUCCUGGCGGAUGAUGUCGAGGCAGUGUGCUG